UGGCCAUACGUUACGAAAUUCAUGUGGUUCUUGUUUAUAUCGCUCAUGUGACGCUACAGACGUAAACAAUAUUUGUUUAUUACAUUAAGAUGACAUCUGCGGGGUCCAGAUUUUUAAACACCGUCACGAAGGAUAUAUUCCUAAGAUCGAUUUCGAGAUCCAGACUUGGCGAGGGGAAGUCGGUCGUGUAUUAUUGCUUCAAUGUAUCGAGACGUAGAAUUUUAUCCCUAAACGAGGACCUGGUGCACAAAAACGGGGUGGUUUACUUGAUGAGCAGGGACUGUAGGAUCGACGACAACUGGGCCUUUUUGUACAGUCAAAAACUGGCACUGCAGAACGAACUGCCACUGUUCGUGUGCGUCCUGACAAAAGACUUUAGUUCUUUGUAUCCCACUAAAAGGCAGCUCGAGUUCGCGAUGGGGGGAUUCAGAUGGCUACGGGGACAAUGCGAGUGCAAAAAUGUGGGCUUUUACUUUCUGAACGCGAACGUCGAGGAUUUCAUUGGGGUAGUUUUGGAGAACGAUGUUAGUGGCGUCGUUAUUGAUUUUAGCCCGCUGAGGAAACCUGUUGAAUGGAGGGAUUAUCUAAUAAGGAAUUUGCCAAAGGACGUGCCCUUGAUAGAGGUUGACGCCCAUAAUAUCGUACCAGCAUGGCUGGCAUCCGACAAACAGGAACUGAUGGCGAGAAGCAUUCGUUCGAAAAUACAGAAAAAAUUACCGGAAUACCUCACUGGCUUUCCUGAAGUAUCCAUCCAUGAGUAUUCAGGAAAACUAAGCACGCCCCUCAAUCUAGUCGACAUCGAUGAUGUAUAUGAAUUUUACAAGCCAUUACAGGACGUAUCGGAAGUCGACUGGGCUGAGCCUGGUUCAGAUAGUGCUGUCGAAGUGUUAUUGAACUUUAUAAAACACAGACUUUAUUAUUAUGGCAUAAAAAGCAACGACCCUUCAAACGAGUACACUUCAGAUUUAUCUCCUUGGAUCCACUUUGGGCAAAUAUCCACACAGCGAGUCGCUCUGGAAGUAACAAGAUUAAGAGAGGUCGUCAAAAGACAAGUGGACAAGUUCUUAGAGGAGCUGAUUGUCAGGAGGGAACUAGCCGAGAACUAUUGUCUUUACAAUCCAAACUAUGAUAAUAUUAAUGGGGCAGCAGACUGGGCCAUCAAAACCUUAAACGACCACAGAUCCGAUGAAAGACCUUAUGUCUAUACUAAAGAGCAAUUUGAAAAAGCCUUGACGCAUGAUGAAAUGUGGAACUCUGCGCAGAUUCAGCUGGUCCAAACGGGUAAAAUGCACGGGUACAUGAGGAUGUACUGGUGUAAGAAAAUUUUGGAAUGGACCGAAACACCUGAAGAGGCUAUUGAAAUCGCUUUGUGUUUGAAUGACAUGUAUAGUUUGGAUGGUACAGAUCCAAAUGGUUUUGUGGGUGUAAUGUGGUCGAUCUGUUGCGUUCACGAUCAGGGAUGGAAGGAACGAAAAAUAUUUGGAAAGAUUAGGUACAUGGUGGAUUACAGUUUAAGAAAGAAGUUUAAUAUGGAAUCAUAUUGCGCCCGUUUUGGCAGAAGACUCCCCGAGAAUAACAAUUCCACAAAGAAAGGAGCGAAGAGGAAGAGAAAAUAAAUGUUGAAGAAACGUUUUUUAUACAAU